CGCGACUCUGCUUCAGACCUCCUCGGGGAGCCGGCGCUGCGGAGAGCCGGCGGGUGGGCGCGAGGAGGACGCGAUGAAUGAGUUCUCCCUGCGCCCCGGAGUUGACUGAGUUGGCCGCGCCGCGCCCGGGUUCCCGGCCGUCUGCGCCCCAGGCGCUGGCGGCUCUCGGGGUCGCUGCCCACGCCCGGGCGCCGGGUGGCGCGGGCCGCCUGCGCUCCGCCCGCCGUCCGGUCUGCCUCUCCAUGGCGCGCCGUCAGCAGAGCCGGAUCCAGGCUUACCUGGAGAGGAACAAGAUCGGUCCUCUGUUUGAGGAGUUAAUGACCAAGUUAAUAACUGAGACACCUGACCAGCCGAUCCCAUUUCUCAUCGACCAUCUUCAAUCUAAGCAAGGAAGCCGCGGGCACCUGCAAAGGACUUUGUCUGGAUCUGCAGCUCUCUGGGCAGAAAGUGAAACAUCAGAAACUAAAGGAACAAGAAGAGAUUUUAGAAGCUACGAUAAACCUUGGCAGUUAAAUGCAAAGAAGCCUAAAAAGUCAAAAAGUGACCUGGCUGUGUCUAAUAUUUCGCCCCCAUCAUUGGACUCCAAAUCAUUGCCAAGGUCAGUAGAGCACCCUAGAUGGAACUGGCGGACUAAACCAGAAAGCCGUGAUUUUGAUGAAUUGAACCACAUCCUUCAGGAGAGCAAGAAGCUGGGGAAAGCCCUUGAGAAUCUCUCUCGAAGUAUUGCAAUUUCAGAUGAACUUGAUAAGGAAACAGUGGCUUUUAAUUCUUCUCUUCUGAGGCCUCGUGUGAUUGGAGAAUGGAUUGGUAGAGAAGAAAAUGAUGCUGAUCCACUGGCUGCUGAAAUGCUGCAGCCCCCAGUUCCAAGAAGUAAAAACGAUCAGUGGGAAAGUGAAGACAGUGGCUCUAGUGCUGCAGGAAGUUUAAAGAUGGAACCCAAGACUAAAGGAUUAAAGCAGCAGCAGCAGCAGCACAAGAAGCUUCUAGCAGCAAUGCUUUCUCAAGAUUCCUUUGAGUCCAUCCACAGCCCUACCCCAUCUGUAACAGAGGAAGAUAUUGAUAAUGAAGAUGAUGCAAUGGAGUUGCUGGAAGAUCUUGAUGAUUUAAGAAUGGAGGGAGUAACUACCCUGGUACCUUCCGGGAGCAAAUUCAACCCAGGCCGUCCUGCUCAUCCUACUGAGCCUCAGGCCAAGGUCACACUGAAUAUCUGUUCAAGGUGUGCCAGGCUUCAAGGAGACAACCUGGCAGAGAGGACAGAAGAGACAUUACACAUACUUCAUUCUCCAGAUGAAAUCAUUCCAGAUUCAUUGGAUUCUUUACCUGGAACUGAAGAAGCACUGAUGGAAGAGGUUGGAGAUUGUGAGAAAGCAUCUAAAUUACCAGCACCUGGAGAAGCCUCCAGUGGAGGAUCUUCACUGAAAAUCUACCCUGAAGAAGAUGAAUCCUUAAAGCAGCUGCGGGUAGCUCAUCAAAGCUGGCUUUUGCCCAGUGACACAGAAAGUGAAGGAGUGGAAGCAGAGCAAGAUAAACGUCCUGCUGAUCUUCUUCUUUGUGUCCCAUGCUCUUCUUGUCCCACCCUGGUCUACUCUGGUAUGUUUGCUCAGGGGACUUAAUGUCAAUGUCAGGUCUGUGAAACAGGCAGAAGAAGUUGAAAGUGGUCCUUAAAGAAACUGCAAUUAACUGAGUCCUUAUGUAUAGUCCUAAAUUUAUUUACUAUGUGUAAUUACUUAGAGAAUGGUUAUUUUUAUAAUAUCAAUAAUAAAAGUACCACUGUAACCAGGGGAUGCCUACAUGUGUAAUAAGAGACUAAUAACCUUGGGAAAGGACUCUGGGGUGGUCAGGGGUAUUUGCUGCCUUUUGACAUGGUUGGUGUCCUGGGUUUGGAUGACUUUGUAUGGAGUUCUUAAUAUCAAUAUUUGAUAUAUUAAAAUAUUGCCUGAUCCAAAUAA